GCUGCCUGACUCAUAUCGAUGGUCCAUAUGGUAUGGAGGGGUUCACAUGUUGACUUACUGACCCAUUCACCUCAACCGAACACGCACGAAUUCUCCCAUAGUACUCACAACCACACACGCAGCACAGCACCCACCCACACAAACUGACUGACACAAAGAAAGGGCCCCUCCCCAUGGUCACGUCACACAAGCCAAGUCACGUCAGCCACGUAUGUCUGCCGUGUCAGUCAACACAGAAAUGACUUAAUUACUUGCCGUUCACAAACUGCUGCUAUUCUAUUCGGUGCCGAUCACUCGUUGGCAAACAAACACUCACGAAUGAAUGCCACACGUACCGAAAAAGGCAGCAGCCCUCUGCCCCUCACCGCCCUCAUCGCCCUUACCGUCCUCCUGGUGCCUGGCGUCCCUGGGCACCAGCAUGAUGAGCGUCUUCUGUGUCGACGGGCUUGGGCGGAAAGGCCGCUGAUCCUGAUGGUCACACACGCACACACGUGAGUGUCGAUGUCACCUCCUUCGUGUGCAGCGUACGCGGAGGCAGUGGCUGCAGCAGCUUCACGAUGAUCGGAUUCUCCUCACUCUUGCCCCUACGCACACACACAAGCCAGCCACACACUCAGUAAGUAUGUCGACUGUGGGGUGCGGGCGGUGCGCCGUGGUCAAGCGCGUACUGUUCGCCGAACACCUCCUCGAUGGUGUCAUUGUCCUGAGCGUCGAGAUGGCCGAUGAACUUCACGUCGUCUGGGCCGGUGGCGCCCGGGAGGAGACUCUUCAGAGACCACUUUAGGUGCCGCACGGUCCUGAAGUUGCCCUCGUCGAUGAGGGAAGUGCAAUCGAAGGUGAGGACCGAGGUGGCGUGGUUCUCAUCAUAACGGCACUGGAAGAAGCGGAAGUUCGGCGGAAUCUCCAUUCCCGACCACAUUUCGUU